ACAUCGUCAACCAAAGUACCGAGAACGUGAGGAUAUCCAUGCUAGAAGUGGGGGAAACGACGAUGUUCGACUGUCUACCGCCCGCCUAUUUCACCAGGUCUACGGACGAGCAGAUCAAGGAUCUAUGGUUCUCGAGAGACGGAAUAACGUCGAAACCGAUCACAUUCACCAAUUCCACUUCCACUUCCAUUUCCGGUUCAUCUCCACUUAAAACCGUCCUUACGUCCUCGCCUCAAUCAACUUCAUGUGUCAACAUCAACAAAAUCAUCACAUCGGCUAUUAGUGACAUUACCAGCCCAUCAACCGCGUAUAAUUACAGACAUACCGCCUCGAACACCGUCACACUCAACCACAACCACAACCACAACCACGAUCACAAUGAAGUGCAUGUAACUUCGAACAUCUGGACAUUGCACCUCUUGGUAUUCUGCGGAGAUCAAGCCGAAGGUCUGGGCCGGGAAGACGAUCGGGUCCUAGGGUUCCCUACGGUGACGGACGCUUCAACGCUCUUCAUCUUCUCGGAGAGAUGGAUAGUGGAUUCUAUCGCUGCUGGCCGGUUGUUGGACUUGAGAGGGUAUAUCAUGCACGCACCGAAGAUGUUCAGAGAAUCGGACGAGAUUUCUUUUUCCGGCCCAGAAGACGGGUUCGACCACGAUCACAAUCUCGACCGCGAACUAAAAAAAUAUACUCAUAACGGCGGGUUCGGAUGUGCUUACGGGACAUCGAAAGGCUCGGCUUCGGGAGCGGGAGUAGGAGUAGGAAGGGGAGUGAAGCUGGAGGAGGAUAGCAAGCCGUUUCAGCAAAGCACCGCCAUAGCGCAGGAGACAGGUAGGCCAGGUCAUCAACCAAAGCAAAAGCAUGGACGACAUCAGGAUCGAAAGAAGCACCAGACUCGUGAUCAGCAUCCCUAUCGACACAAGACUCCGCCAUAUUGCGACGCUUCUCGACAACCAUUCCAUACUCAACACGGACUACCCCAUUCAUAUGACAACCGACCAUCUUCCCACCCAAACUUCCAUCCACAGUUUUCCACGACUACGGCAUACCUUCAAAGUUUACCAAUGAGCCCAGACGAGACGCCCAGAUCGAGGUCCAGGUCGAAAAGCGCUCGAGGGUCGCUCUCGAGGUCACACUGUAGACAAGGUUGGAACGGUGCAAAGGAGGAUAACAGGAGGAGGAAGGAGGAAAUGUGCGCCAGAUUAAAUAUGGGAAUCGGAAUCCGGACGGAAGAUGGUGAUAGGGGGGAAGACAGCGGGUAUGCGGGUUGCGACUCGGGGAGAGCUUUGGACCGGGAAGAAGGGAGGACAGUUGAGCGGAUGCACGAAGAUUUGAGGUUACCAUCGCCGAAGAAGAGGAAGCAAGAGAUGAAGGGUCGGGAUAGUCGCUUUCAUCCUUAUGAAGACGAUGUACUUCCAAGACCUCGCCCACUGUUCAACCACCCCUCUUCCUCAAAUCUCGCACCCGACAACCUGAAAUCGAGCGACAUCAAGCGCUUCCUGACCGACCUCAUCCAAUCUGAAACGCAAAACGUGCGCCCACAACCACCCGCCAAGGUCGAAGGACCGUUCAUUACUCCGGCCCCCACUCCUCCGCCGAGGAAACCUUCCAUGGAAUUUUACACGGACCCGCACGAUAAGGCGCCUAGAGGAGGGAGACGGAUCAAGUACAUGAUUCAGGUUCAGGACGAGCAUGGAUUGAGGAGAAUCGAG